AUGUCUCAUAUUCCUAGGACAACCGAGGCAAAAAAAGGACCAUGGUGUAAAUAUUGUCAACAACACCAAAGCACACAGCGCUUUGACAAGCACAUCAAGUCCUGCAAGGUCAGAAAUCAGGAACAAUUAGAGCUAGCGGCACGACAAGAAAACCAUUCAGAGAAACGGUGCUUAGGGAGAUCACUCGAGGAGCCAAAUCAAAAAAGAAAGAAAACUGUUGAGGUGUUAACGUCUCUCUUUUUCAACUUCUUAAAUUUACAGUUCUGUGCAUCUUAUCAGGCUGACGGAGACCGGACUCAAGUCAAUGACGAGGUUGAAGCGGGUCCUCCAAUCAGCGCAGAAUCUGGUAACGACGAAACCAAUGUCCAACAGAUAUCAAGUGCAACUUUUAUUCAAGUUGUCCACCAUCCUCAAAGUGGGAAGCACGACCCAGUCAUAAUUCCCCUUGACAGUGUUAUCCCUUCAGCUGAUCAAGGCAACCACGAAGCUGGACUUGGCUCUGCAUUGGAGAUCAAACCGUGGGCGCCCUUUCGCAAUCGUGCCGACUUUGAAUAUGCGGAAACAGCUGUCAAGGGAUUAUUAAACAUCGAGAAGACUUUACAAGUAGCACGUGCGCAAUAUGUCCAGUUUCAAGAAGGAAAUGUUUCUGCAUGUUAUCUAGGAGAAACUCAUUACUUCAAGUUUCAGUACCGAGAUCCGUGGAAAAUCUAUCGCAACUGGAUUAUGGAUGAGACAUUAGCGCCUCUCAUCCUUUGGCAUCCUUGCCGCAAAUAUUAUUGCCGUCGAAAUGGUAGGAUAGUCUUGAAAGAACGCAUAUACGACGAGUUCAAUUCAGCCAACAAAUGGUGGGACGUACAGGAAUCCUUUCCACAAGAAGAACCACCGCAUUGCUUUCUACCGAUCUCUCUCUGGCUUGACAAAGGCAACAUCACUAAGCGGGUCAAGAAGCACCCUAUAAUUAUUUGUCCGCUAUUUUUGCCGCGGGGGGUAAGAAAUGCGUCGGGAAAUGGAGGAGGUGUUCUUGUAGGGUAUAUGCCCAUUCCUUUGGACCCGGCCGACCCAUCUGACAGAAACACUGCUGAUACCAUUAAAUGGCAGUGCUUCAAGCGUGAAGUUUACCACAAGGUUGCCGAAGUAAUAUUCCACUCACUACGAUGGCCUGCACGCUUCGGAGAAGCAAUGGCCUGUGGUGACAAAAUUGAUAGAGUGAUACAUCCAGGAAUACCAGUCAAGUCUGUUGAUGGCGAAGAAAGCUGUGCGCUAACAGCUACGCGUGCGGCCCUGGCCAAAUUUCCAUGCCCGAAAUGUCUUGUCUGCCAUGACAGUUUAACGAAACUAUGCGGAAAUUUUCAGUGUCGCACAACUGACAACAUGGAGAAGGUGUACAAGCGUUCAAUCACAGCAUCAAAUAAAACGGAGGCUGAACGAAUCUUACAAGCCCACGGAUUACAUGCAACCAAGAACUUUUUUUGGUCACUCGACCACUCAGACCCAUAUUGUUCCAUUUCAUACGAUAAAUUACACUCCGAUGAUCUAGGAAAAUGGGGUAAGCACAUCUGGCCGCUCCUCCUCACAGUGUUAGCAGAAAACGGAAACAAAGGCCAUAUGGCCAGAAACAUGCGGAAUGUAUCAAGAUGGCCUGGACUCAAACACUUCAUGAACGUCACCACAGUCGAAUAUGCGGAUGGUCAAGUGUUUUAUGAUAUACUCAAGUGCAUCCUCCCAUGCAUCGUCCAAAUUCUCCCUAGGAACUCAACAUUAGUACAUGGUAUCCGAGCCUAUGCUAGAUAUCGGCUCAUGAUUGGCCUCAAUUGUAUGACCGAAGGGAGGACACACCGGCUAAAACAAUAUAUUAUUCAAUAUGAACAAUGUUGUGAACACAUUUCAAACAAUUACGAGAAGGACUUCCACUUUAGCAAGCAACACGCCAUAAAUCAUAUUCUCACAGAAAUCCGGCAGAAGGGUGCAACGGAUAACUACGACACACGAGUCAGCGAGGGCUUUCACCAAGAGGCGCAAGAAGCCUACGAGCAGACAAACCGGAAAGAUACAGACAGCCAGAUGGCUCGCAUUGACGAGAACCAAGAAGCCAUCGCCCACAUACGGAUGACCGUCGACAACUAUGAUAAAGCCCACCAUAACGACACUGAGGACCAAGACUUAGGAGAUGACGCUGGCAGAAAUGAUGACCAGAGGUCGACACAACCUACCCCCGAUAACCACUGGAUGCUAGGAUCUCCCACAAACCUGACAAGCUCGGUAGUCAUGGAGCAUUGCGAGGGCCUCAAAGGAUUUGACAAGCGUCUGCGGAGUUUUUUAGUCUCAAGUUGCAAUGUAGCCGUUGGAGAUGGUCCCAUCUCAAUCAGGAAAUAUCAAUGCAUUUAUCUUAAGUAUCAAUCACACGAAGACUGGAGCGAAGGACGGGACAUCCUUCGCUGCAACCCCAACUUCAAUAAAGAAUCACGCUUCGACUGUGUUCUCAUUAACACAGACACAUCGGAGCCAGUUCCUGCUCGACUCCAAACCGUCUUUCGAUGUUUCCUUCAGUCCUCUUCGUUUGAUAUUGUGUCGGUCAAGAUAUUCAAGCCAUCAAAUGGAAUUCCGAGGACCAGAUGGUCGGGGGCACUUUUGUAUGAUGAAGCGAGAGAUUUCAAGCUGGUCAUGGCUAAGUCCCUGAUUCGGGGAGCUCAUAUGAUCGAGGCUUUUGAUCUGAAGGAAGGCCGGUUUUAUUUAAAUGACUUGAUUGAUGGUGAUAUGUUCCUACGUUUCGGGAACUGA